AUGGGUGCAUACUUAAAUAAACCGGUGGUCGACAAAGAGCAUGAGGAAGGGCAAAACAGUAAAUUACGUUUUGCCUGUACUUCUAUGCAGGGGUGGCGCAUAAAUCAAGAGGUUAGUUUUUGGUGAUAAAAAAAUUCUAGUUUUAAAAUUUCGAUUAUAUCUCUAAGCAUUUUUUUGAAAUAAAUAAUUUUAACUUUAUUUAGAUUUUUUUCUUUAAUGUUUGUUGCUUAGUAUCUACAACUUUUUUUCAAGCUUUUCUUUUCUCUGUUAGCUUCUUAUGUGUUCUGUUUUCAGGACGCACACAAUUGCAUCUUAGAUGUUCAUGAAGGUUGGAAUCUUUUUGCUGUUUAUGAUGGUCACGGGGGUCCAGAAGUUGCCAAGUACACUUCCGCUCAUUUUCCAGGCUUUUUGAAAGAAAGGUAAUACUUUUUCUAGUUUAGCAUUAACCUUCUUGUUGUAGAAAUAUAUGGACUACAGAAGACAUCGAACGUGCUAUUCAGGACGUUUUCGUUGAUUUUGAUGACCAAAUUCGUUCGAAAAAUGCUGUCAAGGAGCUGACGGUAAAAAAAAAUCGUCAAUUUUCGUUCACUGGACACCUUUCGAUUUUCCAGAAAAUUGCCAACGACGGAAAAGAAGAGAAUAGCGAUUCAGAAGACGAGCGCGACAGGUUAGACACAAUCAACGAAAGUUCUCUUUCUCUGGAAGAAGUCUUGAAUAGGUAGAUAUAGGGACUCCGUUGGUACAAAAGAAACUGUUCAGGAUGGGUUACGCACGGCGGUUUGUCAAAGAAAAUGUCAGCGCUAUUUCGGCUUUAAAGAGCCCUUCAAGUUCUGAAGAGAGUGAAGAAGGAGAUUCAAUGGUUUUGAAAAUAUAUGAGGAUUUAUUUUCAUUUUUUUUUUGCAGGAAGACCACGGAAGUGUUGAAGAUAAGAAUGUUGAAGCUGAAAAGAAGCCUUCGAAAAGGUCCAACAAGUCUCCUAUUCAAAGCUCGCCUAAAAAGGUCAAAACUGUCGACGAGAACGGAAAGGCCAAAGAGGUCGAUAAGAAGCCAACAGAGGAAGAGACCAAGUUUUCAUUCUUUCAUUAAAAAAAUAUGAAUAGUUUUUUUCCAGUGGUGAUUCGAAUAAAGCUGAGGAGCCAAAGAACGAGGAUCCAUCUUCGGAAUCAACUGCGGACACGAAUUCAGCAGAUAUUCCAGCAGACCCAGAACCUAAGAAAGUCAAUCUCAACUUCAAAAAGAAGCAGAGCGCCUACCCCGAAUACAAGGAGGUCAAGCCAGCUAACACUGGGUAUGUUUUAAAAAAAUUAUUCUGUUUCUAUAUUCGGCCUCAUCUUUUUUGUUUAGUAUAAUACUUUUUAUUGUAUUGAAUGAGUAAUGGCCUAGACAAGUACAGCCACUUCACCCCUUUUCUGACGAAAGUUGCCGGUUGAGGGAUUUGCAAGCUGAUUCAUUUCCAGGGUUUCCAAGGAGCUUGACAUUGCGCCCGAUGAUGACUCUGACGACGAAGAUUUUGCCGCCAACGGUGAAGUCGAAGACGAAGAGUCGGAUGAGGUUUCUGGUGAAGAGGAAAGCGAAGGAGAGGAAGACGACGAAAUCGAUGUAAGUCGGGAAAACGUGUAUUUUAAUUCAUAGAACUGAGAUUUUAUCAAACUCAUCCAGAAAUUUAACCGUCCUAAAGCCGAUUUAUCAUUGUAUUGUUUUUCAUAAAUUGCAAUAAAAACUCAAGGGAAAAAUCUUUGAAAGGUUUUGGCCUUAGCAAAAAGUGUUUUUCCUUUUCAUAGAUUACCAUUAAAAAAAGCCCUUUGUACGUGGAACCAAAUGCAAAAUUAAUUGUUCACCGUUCCUUGUGUGUUUUUUUCUCAGUUUAUUUUUCAUGUAAAUUAGGAUCAGAAAAAUCAAAAAAAGAAAAAAAUUUUUUUGUUUAAAAAAAUUUCACAUGAUGUUUAAUUUGCUAUGAGAUUGUUGAGGGUGGAAACGUCUAAAUGUAAAAUUUUCGUUAUUAUUAUUUUUAGUUGCAGAACCAGAUAAUGUUUGGCCAAAGAGAUAGUACUCCUGGAGAAGACUCCGGAACGACCGCUUGUGUGUGCCUUAUGAGCAAUGAAAAGGUUCGUUUCCCUAAAAAAAAAAAUUGGUUCAUUUGAAAAAUCGCUAGAUUUCUUUUCUGAUUUUUAUUUUCGUAGAUUAUUGUGGCAAAUGCGGGUGAUUCUCGAGCUGUUUUGUGCCGGAAUGGAAAAGCCUUGGACUUGUCCAUCGACCACAAGCCAGAAGACGAAAUUGAGAAGAAUCGUAUCACCAAGGCUGGUGGAGUUAUUGAUGAUGGCAGGUAAAGCUGAUGUAUUCUUCGAAAAACUUUAUCCGCAAAGUUUCUUCCAGAGUUAAUGGCGGUUUGAAUUUGUCACGGGCCCUUGGCGACCAUUGCUACAAGAAAAACAAAGACCUUCCCUUGAGAGAACAGAUGAUCAGGUAAUUUUUCACGUAUUAUAAAUCCCAAUGCAAUUUAAAUUAUUUUCAGUGCUCUGCCGGAUGUGAAAAUUGAAUGUUUGCUCCCUGAUGACGAGUUUCUUGUUGUGGCUUGUGACGGAAUUUGGUUAGUUCUGUUCUUUGAAACGCUAUAGUUCGAAAUCGUCAACUUUUGACGUAGAUUUGUUAUUAAAAACGCAUUAUUAUUGCGAAAUCAGAGUACGUACCUUGAGAUUUUGUUAUUUUUCGGCGUCUAAUAGCAGGAAUUGGAGUUUAAAAGACAGAAAUAGGUAGCCGACCGAGGUUGAAUCCGCAGUCCGUUUACCUGCUGACUAAGAUUUUGGCAAGAUUAUACCUCUUGGGCGCGGAUCAUCUCGCAUUGAAUGACGCUCGUGAGGCCAUUAACAAAUAAGACUGCAAAAGGAAAUGAUCAUUUUUUGACAUAGGAAGUCCCAUUGUAGAUUUGAAAUAACAGAAAUAGAAACUGAAAAGUGUGGGAGUAUUCCAUUUCCUCGUCAAAACGUCAUAGGCUUUCGAAAACUUUAAAUAUUGCGUAUUGUUCAAGAAAUCAGUUCUUUUCACGCCAUUCAUUCGGAAUAAGUCUUCAAAAGUCGCGAAAAGAAGAAAUAAACAAAAAAAAUGUUUGAUUCUCAAAGAUUUGGAGCCCUUGAACUCGUCAUAAACACCUGGAAACUUCUCGAUUUGUUGUUUAUUUUUUUGAUGAGCCGACUUGAUUCUUCACGCCAUUUCUGCCGUUUCAGGAACUCGAUGGAAUCUCAGCAAGUUGUGGAUUUCGUCCGCGAACGGCUUUCCCAAGGAAAAACUUGUAAAGAAAUUUGUGAUGCGUUGUGCGACAACUGCCUGGCCGACUCGACCCGCGGCGAUGGCACUGGCUGCGACAACAUGACUGUUAUUAUUACCGAAUUCAUCCGUUGAUCAUCAUGUUUAAUAUAUUGAAAUAAAAAAUCUCUCCUCAAGCUCUUUAUUCUCCUCUCUCUCUCGGAAAAAAGAAGAAUAUCACACAAUAGGUUUUAUUUCCCUGGCGGAAUCGAGCAAACACACAGGUUUUUGACGCGUUUCGAAUGGCUUGUUGUGGAGGGAAGUAUUUAAAAAUGAAUAGGAAUCGUACUAUCUCAAAUAGCAUAUCAAACGUUUACUGCAUCAUAUGCUUAUCAAUUGGAAAUCGGUUUUCGGCAUUUUUGCUGUGUGUGUUUGUGGAAAGUUUGGUGAACAAGCAAGAAAAAAAAAGAAAUUUUUUCGAAUUGAAACCUGCAAACGGCGUCCUUCGAACACUGUGUUCCUACGUUCGUUUCACUCGAUCCUUAUCUCCAUUCAUUUCCAUUCCGUCUUCUUCUUCUUCUUCGUCUUCUUCUUGUUCAUUUGCACUUUUUGCCUUUUUCGGAAUCCAACGGCACUCGGCCAUUUUCCACGGCUUCUUGACAAACGGCAAAGACGACGUCUUCUUCUUCUUCUUCUGACGUCACGAUGGAUGCCAUCGCUGCGAUUCAACAUCUGACGUCUGAUCUUCACAGAAAGUUUGCUGCUCAUCAUGGGCUAAAAUUGGAAGAUUUUGGUGAGUUUCAGAAAAACCAGAACUUCAAAAAAGUUUUUGAAGAAGAUCCCAAGAUAAUGCACCCAAUUUUGAGAAAAGGUUUUUCAAAAUCUCAGUUUUCAAGGUCACGUUUCGCAUAGAAAUGUUUUAUGCGAAUUUUCAGAUAUUAAAAAAGUUCUUGACAUGAUUUUCCGGUUUCAAAUUUCACAAAGUUCGUUUGAAAGCAAAAUUGAAGAAAUUGAAGCGCUGGUCCUAUCGCGAAUCAGAUUUGAUCUACCGUGUCUUACUGUAAUUAUCUCAUAAUCUUGUUUUUCGCAGAAAGAAUUUUUCAUUCAAACUUUGAAUUAGUUUAAAAUUAGUUUGAAUUAUUUUUACUCCUCUUUUUAUUUUUCAAAUGUUUUUCAAAGUUUGAUUUCAUUGAAGGUAUAUCCAACUUCCAUGAAUACCUGUUUAGAAACUUCUUUUUUUAUAAUAAUGCCUCAUUUUCAAAAAUUCAUAUCUUCAAUUAUUCAACCACUGUUCACUCUUAUCAGUUUCCCAUGCAAAAAGAGAAGCUCUCGUUUCAAUUGAUAAUGAAGCAAAAUUCCGUAGAUUUUUUUUCAAAGCCAUGUGCUUUUUUUCUUAUAAUUAGUUCAUCAUUGAAAAAAAGUAGUUUCUCAGCUUUUUUCAAUUUUUGGACGCUUAUAAUUUUGAUUUUUUUGAAGAAAAAUCGAACAAAUUUGUCUCAAAAAGCCUUGAAAAAAAUUUUUUUCAAGAUUCUCUUUGAAUUUUUUUAUUACAAUAUAACAAUGCAGGGAGCCUGAAAGUUUUAAUUUUUGAAAAUUUAAAUUUCCUGAAAAUUCAAAAAUCGAGCUGAUUUUGUGAAACUUUCAGUAUGACACACUAUAAUUUAGUUUCAGUUUUUCUAUAUCAAAAAUUAAUUCUCUAUUUUUUUUCAAUGUUCAUUCCGAUUUUUUAUUCGCCAUUGCGCAAUCUUCAUGACAAACACAAUAAAUCAGAAAAUAUGCAUUAUCUGUGCUCUAUCGAUAAUUUUUUCCAUGACCUCAUUUUCGAGGCUAUUUCUUGCCAGCUAUUUUUUAUUUGAAUCUCAACUUUUCCUCUGUUUCUGCCGGGAUUCCGAGGGUGGAGCCUCGCUCCGAGGGGUUCGGCUUAGCCCCGGCUAACACCUCGGCGAGGCUUAAGCCCUCGGCCUCGCGCUCACUCAGCCUCAAUUACCUCUGGGAUGACGGUUGACCAUGGAUAAUGCAGGUUUUUUUUUUCAUUUUGCGUAUUUUUCAGUUCUAUUCUUUACAGUACUGUCAGAAAAAAUGGGGAACAUGUUUUUUGCUCAUAACUUCCUCGUAUGGAGCUCAAUCUUGCUCCAAUUUUCUGAACUCUGUUUUUUUUAUGUCACUUGAAAUUCCACCAGAGUGUUUCAAAUAACAGUCUUCACAACUUUAGAAAGUUCCAGAAAGAUGAAACUCCGUACAAGAAAGUUGUGAUGGAAAAAUCCUUUUUUCUUCUCAUUUUUUGGCCUUGAAAAUUCCAGAUCCUACUGUUACCAACCAAAUUUUUUGAUUCUGCAGUUUUUUUUUUCAAUUUUUUCACUUUACUCUUCUCUGGGAGAACUUUUUGUGGCCACUAUAGUAGUCAAAUUAGUGGCCAUUUAAGGGGUAGCAAAUUUGUAAAAGUUUUAGUGGCCACUUUUGGGGUCAAUGGAUCAACAUAAUUGGUUCAAUCCGUUUUUUUUUUAAAUUAUCAGAGUUACUGGAAGGAAUACUGAAUGAAGAACUACUGAAGUGGCCACUUAAUAAAGAAAAUUAUUCCCAGCUGCCCAAGAUUUUCAGUCAAUUUUCAAAAUUUUGAACCAAUUCAAGUUGAUUUUUGUUCUUUUAUUUUUCUAAAGAUGCCCCAUCAGACUGUGAAUGGGCUUCGGGUAAUAUUACAUUGUGCCAAUCGGAAAAAUACGGUAUUUCCUAAUCUGAUCGCGACGGUUCUGCGCGGCUUUUUUUAUUCGAAGAACAUUGGAACUUGGCCAGUCUGAGAAUUUAUGUACGAGGGAGGCGCAAAAGAAGAAGUUUCGACGUCGUUUGGGUUCAGAAAUUAUUUCGAUUCUCUAUAGAAUGGGUUGAAAAAAAUUAAGUAAUAGAUAUGAAGUUUAUAAAACUUUUUGAAGCCUCAUUUUUUUGAUCUUUUGGAAAAUUUUUUUGAGAAAAAAAUCAUUUUCAUUUUUUUCAGAACUUAUAAGGUAUUGAAAGUAUAUGGAAGAUUUAUAAAACUUCUAGGAAAUAAAUUAGAUAUGAAGUUGAUUUUUUAAAGUCUCAUUUUCUAACCAAGUACUCUAGAAAGUUAAUAUUCAAGUUAUAAUGAAUCAGUUUGAACUUUUUACGAGCGUAAAAAACAUAGAAACUACAAUUUUUUUCAGUAUCAUAAACCCUUAUCACGACUUCUGCUGUUCUCCGAGCUAAACACGUUUUCCCUUCGAUGCUCGCGACCUGUCUCUGCGCAUGCGCCUUUAAUUAAGUUUAAAAUUACCGUUUUAUUAAAGGCGCAUGCAAAGAGACAUGCCUCGAACAUCGAGGGGAAAGGUUCUGCAGUUUUCAGAAAAAAUAAUAACCGAGAAAAUAAUUUAUAAAAAGCCAAUUUUCAUAAGUUCUUACAGCUUCUUAAGCUACAUUUUCUAUCAAAAAUGAGUUACUAAAAUUUUUUUCUGGAAGGAAAAAAUAGAAAGUAGGUUUUUUUCCUAACCUAGAGGGCCUUGAAAUAAUUUUCCCCCACAGAUUCAGGAUACAGUACGAGUUCAAACUCCAAUUCUUCUUCCCAAUCCAACGACCAAGAGUGCGGCGAGUCUUCCGGCGCCAAGGUACGUUUCAUUCUCGAUAUAAUAAUUUAGAAAUAAAUUCAAAUACUGUUAUGUUGUUCAUUAAGUGGAUUUGAAUACAUUCAUUUUUAAUUUCCUUCCCAACUUUUUUAGAUUUUCACUCAACUUUCAAUUUUCAAGUUAAAAUUCCGAUGUUUUUAAAUUUUUUAUAUCGAAAAACACCUAUUUUAUUAAGGUUAUCGAUUUCCGCGGCCACAAAGUCGCCGCCUUCGACGUCGUCGGCAAGGAAAUGAUAUGUCUUCCGCAGGUUCUGAACCUCAUUUUCGUGUUUCAGUUGACUGACAAGUUUGAUAAGAUUAAGGAAAACGAAUUAGGUAGCUAUCUUAGCAAAAUUGUUAACCUGAAAUAUUUUAAUGAUGGUGUUUUUUUCGAUUUUUUUAAAAGUUUUUUCUUCAAAAAAAGUGUGCAGGAUAUUGCAUGUAGCCACAAGGUUCCAAAACAAAUAAGUUUAGGCGAAAAAAAGGACGAAAACGCGAGUUUCUUCUAACGCGACGCGGUGCGGAGCGUGUCACACAAUUUCAUUCCCUUUAAAUGCAAUUUUUGCUCUUUUUUCAGUACUUCCGGAUUUUUUUUCACAUCCUGCGUGUUAUGAAAACGCUUUACAAAGAGUUGGAGUGAUUUUUGUUCCAAAAAUUCUCAGGAAAACGAUAUUUUGUAUGAUACAAUACCUACAGAAAACACGAAAAAUACUUUUUUGCUCACAAUUUUCUCGUAAAAAGCUCAUUUUGAAACGUUAUAAGCUGCUUUUUUUUACCUGUGAACUGAAAAUCCUUCAGAGUGUUACAAAUAACAGUCUUCACAACUCUAGAACUUUUAGAGAGAUCAAAUACUAUACAAUAAGGUUUUGAUUAUAAAAAAAAGCGUUUUUUUUUGUGAAUCUUACGCAGCUGUAAACUACUUUCACGACGGAAAAUCAAGUUCGAAAGUAAGUUUUCCAGGUUUACGAGUUGUUUCUGAAGAACAUGGUCGGCGGCCUGCACACGGUUUACACGAAACUCCGUCGUCUCGACAUCACUCCACUCAUUUGCAACGUCGAACAGGUAUCUUUCAUUCAAAGAAAACUUUUUUCCACUGCUUUCCUUUCUGAUGGCUGAAAUGUUUCAACAUAACUCUUUAUGCGGUUAUUUUUGAUUUUCCUGGCUUUUUCUUCAUAUUUUCCGCUUGAUUUCAAAAUCAGGGUCUUGCUCUUAAUUGCUCAUGUUGAACAGAAGUUUUUCUGAAAAUAUUGAAAGCUUGAUUAAAAUUUUCGUUUCCUACGAGGACUUUGAUUUUUAUUGCUCAUCCUAGCCAUUUUUCAAUUUUCGAGAACGGUAUAGGUGUUUUUAAAAAAUUCCACAACAAUUAAAAGCGUUCAGUAAUUUUUUGCGUUUUUUUUACUAGAUGUAUCAUCUUAGAAAACUGUUGCUCAUCAUAGUGGAACAUUGCUCAGCUUAAAGCAGCAUAAACGGGUUACCAAUACUUUUUUGUGUACCAUCUUUUUUUCUUCUUUCAAAGUUUAUUUUCUCGAUUCGAAAUCUCGCAUUGCUCAUAUUUAAGCUUUGUUGCUCAGAUUUCAACACACAAGCCCACCCACAUCAUUCUAAAACUACAAGUUCCAUCGGGGAAACGAAAAAAUUUCGAAAUUUCUACAAAAGACCACCAAAAUGCGUCAAAAGGCUCAGCAAUUGAUGAAAAUAAGCGAAUUCGGGAAUUUUCAUCAGUUUCGAAAUUUCACAAUGGUCAUGGAGCGCAGAGAUUAUCGUUCUAAAUCCGGAAAAGUAACGUCUUUUUCGUUCUUUUUUCGAAAAUGGUCAGAUUCCGGAAGUGGUUGAAGGCGUUUUGAGAAUGUUCGGGGUCGAAAUUGGAGAGAGGAUUUGAAGAUAGUUCAUCGAAGGUUGUACAGUAGCUUGGGAAGGGGCGUGGCCUGUCUGCGCUCUCCACCAACCAGUCACUAUCUCCUUUUUUUUAAAUCGUGUCAGGACCCUUUUUCGAUAACUCAAGAGAGCCCUGAACCAGCUAUACAAACUGAAUAUCUAUUGAUUUCCAAUCAAAAAUAUUCGAUUCUCAGGUCCGAGCAUUGAGAAGCUUGGGCGCGAUCCAACCGGGCGUUAAUCGGUGCAAACUCAUCAAAACGACGGAUUUCGACAAACUUUAUGAAGACUGCACAAAUACAUGGUUUGUUAUUGGGAUUUCGAAUUAUUUUGAUAGUGAAAGUUGAACUCGACAGUUCAAACUACAUACUUUAUUAUCAUUAGGCUUUCGAUUUUCGUCAUAUUUCUAGCCAUUUUUAAUGUCAUUUACGCUAUUUUCAUUACUUUUUUGCUCCUAGGAACGCCACAGUGGUCCCUGGAGGGGUUAGAGAAAAAACAGCCCCUAUAGCUGUCCUAAUAGUGCUCCCUAGAGGGGCAAUUCGGGCGGUCCCUAUAGGGUUUUUUGACGUUGGAUCAUUCUUUUCGUUUUUUUUUUUUGGAAACCUUCAAGGACCCCAAAAGCCGACCCUCUAGGGACCGCUCUGGCGUUCUAAGUAUUUUUUCAAGAUAAAAAUUUUGCAGCACCAGGCCGGGAAGACCAUCAAAACGGGGCGCGUUCGACGAUUAUUACGCUACUUUAAAAAAAGAAAAAAUUGAAGGUUUGCCUUUUUUUCUGAAUCUUCAAAAUGUCGGUUUUGAACGUAGUAAUAUUUCUUAUAACGAUCUUUCAAAUUUCGUAUCCAGACUUGCACCAAAAAACCUUAUUUUUGAAAAGUUUUAUCUCGUUUUCUUGUGGAACAUCUUUUAUGAAAAAAAAAACUGAAGAAAUUCCCUGUUUCUAAAAAUUUACAAGAGUUUUAUCGAAAUGUUUCAAGAGUAGUGAUUCUUUUAUAUAGUUCUCUACUGAAAUCGCCUCGUAUUUUGCAUUUCUUUUUGGUAGGGACCGCAGAGACACGCCCACUUCAGUGGUCAAAAAACGUCGUCAUUUUCGUUGCAUUUUGAUUGUUUUUCACAUUUUAAAACAGUUUUCUUGUACCGAUUUGAAGAAAAUUUGGGGGAAACAUACAAUCGACUAUGCUCAACAAUCCUACAUAAGAGAGAAAACUGAGAAAUAAAAAAUAACAAUUUAUGACAACGGUUUUUAAAACGAAUUUGUGGCUAAAAACGGAUAAAAAUCCCGUUUUUCUUGACAGUUUUUUUGGACUCACUUUUGUACAGACGAAAAAAGUGCAUUUUGUGCAAAAUGCGAAGAAUUUAUUUGCAGAAUGCAUGAAGCUUUUUUGAAGUAUGUUGGAAUAUUCACUGCCUUUCACACGAAUUCAGUAGAGUCCGUUCCAAAUGAUUAAGAAUUAAAAAUCGCACUUAGGAUCAACUUUGACAUGAUCAGACGUUUUUAUUUUAGGGUUUUCCUAUUCCAGCGCGCAAGUCGUUUUGAGUCGGGCACGCACAAAAACGUUUUUUAAUUUAAAAUUACACUUUCUUCUGGUUUUUCAUAACUCAGUUUUAAAUUACGUCAUUGAAAAGCUUUUGCUUUUUUCUCAUCGUUUUCCCGGGAAUAACAGUAUAUGAUGAUAAUAAAACCCACAAAGUUUUUUAAAUCCAUCAAAAGGUUUCUCCACUCGAUUUUCGUUGGUCAGCUCUCUUAAGAACCUCUUUCUUAUUUUUGACUUUUGCGAGUCGGAAACGAUAAUAAAGCGUUGGAUUUCAGAAGGUCGGGAGCUGAACAAUGUCUCUUCGAGCUGUCAGAACAUGUUCGGCCAGCUCCUGCCGCAAAUCACGACCCAGCAGAUCUUCAUGCAGCAUCUCGUCGCCCUCGCCUCCGCUCAGCAGAAUCAGAACUUUGAAACGUAAGGGAUCACCACAAACAAAUACUUUCAAAGAUCAGAGGGUUAGUUGGAAAGUUGACGGCUUCUAAAUGACAGUAGAGUCUCAGUUUUCCAUCUCAAAAUUCUUGUUGAAAGUAUGAAUUAUAUUUCUUUAAAUUCUCCAAGAAACUUUUCGGUCGCAUUUGGAAUGGCUCAACGUUUUUUGAUCCAAGCUAGAACUCUAAAGUUUGAACUUGAGGGCUGAUCUUACCAUACCCGAUGCCAGAGAGCGCAAGUCGCUUUUAGGUCGGCUGCACCUUCAUCAUGAUGAAUUGGAGACUCGUACGGUCAUAAUUCUCGAUUCGGAAGAAAUCAAAGCUUUAAAAAAAGGAUUUAGAGAUUUCGACUCUUCAUUUUUUUUAUUGAUUUUUUGGUUUGGAUAUUUUUAAGCCUGACUUUCUUUUUUUAAAUUUCUAGUUUUCAAAUUGUCAUUCUCAUUGCAAAAACGCCUGAUUUCCGAUAUUUUGGUGAUAUGUUUGGUAACAAAAAAUGUCGCAGAGGGUAAGCGGCUUUUUCGGUCGGAUAUACCUUCAGAAUACCCAAUCGGAAAAUUUCAACUGAGCCAUUUUUCUCGCGGCCAUUUUUUUUUCUCAGCCGCAAAAAAUAAUCCCAUUUAUCCCAAAAAAUUAAUUAGAGGAUUAGAUUUUUAUAGUUCUGUUUGAUUUUUUUAAAAUUCGAUAACUUUUUCGGGCUUUGUUUUCAAAUUUUUAAAAGGCCAAGUUUUAAAGGUGGAAAAAAUUUGUCCAAAUAUUUCCCUUUCAACUUUUUUUUUUUGCUUUUUUUCAGCUUCUUCUUGCUUUUUUCUACACGUCAACAGACGUUCAAAUUUUAUUUAUCUUUUCCGUAAUUCUGUUGAUCGGUAGAACCGGGAAUUCAAUGAGCAAAGUCGAAAAUCCCCAUAUCCGACUUUAGGACCACGCGAAUUUCUGUUUUCUCGCAUUUUCCGAGCUUUUCUUACCGCUUAUUUACCCAAGAACAACACGUUUGUCAACACUCUCAAUUGAUUGCAAAAAAAAAACUACAAACGUUGUGUGAAAAUCGCCGCCUCCGGCGGGGAAAGCCGUGCGUCGGGGCGGAUUUGCCUCGAGGAUUACCGUAGGCCAGGUGCGCGAUUCACCGACGUCUUCAGGUAUUAUCCGACGUCGGGAUUUUGACGGAACCGCUUAUUUACUUGAUGAAAGUUUUUGUUUUGCGCUGAGAGUUGAAGAACGGGAGAAUUUUGGAGAAGAUUGUAGAAAAGUGGUUGAGGAUCUCUUAAAUUCGAGAUUAGCAGCACUUUCUGGAUUUUCCGAAGCAGGAGCGGGAGGAGAAUUUGAAGAAUUUUGAGAAAAUGUUCAGAGAAGGGCAGAUAAAAAGUUAAUGAGUAUAAACGUCUCGGACCUAGUACUGGGAAAACUUUCAGUGACCACUAUAGAGGCUCCCCAAGGAUUUCUUGAUGAGGACACUAAAGUGGCCACUAAAACCACCUCUAUAGAGGCCACUAUUUGUUCAUUAGUGGCAGUUUUCGUAGUUUUAGUCAUCUAGUAGUACCACUUAGUACUCUAUAGUGGCCACCAAUUUUUAACCCCUAAAGUGGCCACUAAAACGUCAAAACCCUAUAGAGGCUACUGAAAUUCUUCCCAUGUCUCUAAGCAUUUCUAGUGACCACUUGAGCGAGUUCAAAACCCUUAAGUGGUCCCUAGAACUGCGCAGAGACGACCGGGGGGCUUCCGGUUUCCGUUACCGAGGUUCGAGAAGUUACGUUCAGAAGAUAGUUAUGCUUGAAAAAUGUUUUUUAACAAAAAUUUUUGGCUGUGUACUUAAAUUACCUUGAGAUUUCUACGAAAAGUCCCAAAAACUUCCGGAAAAAAAGUUUGUAAAAAAGAGAGAUUUACAGUUUUUUUUUCACAUUUUUUCAAGUUACUAUUCAAUUGAAGAAAUAAUUUUAUUCAUUCCAAAGAAACUUUGAAAAAAACUAUUGUAAUUUUUUUCGGAAUUCGAGCAAUUUUUCGUUUUUUUAGCCAAUGCAAAUUAAUCAUCUUUUUGCGAUACAGGAUUAAACAGAUACUUCAGUUUUUAUUGAAAGUUAUUGACUUCUUGAAAACAGUGAAUUUCAGUUCGAAUUUUGUUAUUUAGUCUUGGUCUCCAUCCAAAAUUGGAAAAUGCUCAAAAAGGUGGUAAUAAUUGUACCGAUUUUCAUAAAUUUCUUGAGCAAAUUCCGGUGACUUUAUCGUUUUUCUACACCAAUCUGGACUUUUUUGAUGUUUUUUUUUGGAUUUCAUCAUAAACCAUUUUAUCAUUUUAUGUGACCAUUUCACGGUGCCAAGAAGCCCAUUUUCGAACUUUUCUUUUUGCUAGAUCAAGAAAAGGCGAUCGGAUCUUCAGAAGCGACGAGAAUGACGACGACAGUCCCCGCAGAAGCGCCGAAAACGAAGAAAUCGGCACGCCGUUGAAUCUGAGCAAGGCGAAUCAGUCGGAGAUGCUCGACAGCGACUCGAUGGAGAGCAUGCGGAAAGAAGACGUGAACAUCUUCAGAAGUCUCUGAAUAAUCGCAACUUUUCAGUCGUCGCCGAACAACUCGAUGAGCGACCGCGGCGGCUCCAACUCGGCGUCGACCGGCGGGAGCAACCGCGAGAGCAGCGGCGGCGACGAAUCUCUCGUCGCCAAGGUCAUCUCCUUGAUCGAAAUCGCCAGCGAGCAGUUCAAGCAUGAGCGGCAGGAGCUCUGGAGGGAGAGAAGUGAGUUGGAAAGGUCAUUGAAAUAUCAAUAAAUCAUGGAAUUCUCAUAUCAGUCUGAUAUAUACUUUUGGAAAAAAAGACUUGUCAAUUUUUCUCGUUUUCGAUUUUUUUGGUGAAAAAAAUUUUUUUCAUUGACGUUCUUAUCUUGAAAAAGCACCAUAUUAUUAAAAAAAUCGAAAAAUUUUUUUUUCACUUUCAAAGUAAUUUUUUUAAAUGGAAAAUUCUGUCGUUUUUUUGAAGAAAAAAACGAAAAAGAAAAAUUUUUUUCCUUUAAAAUUUUCUUUUUCAUAAUGCGAAUUUUUCGAACAAAAAAACGGAAAAAUUCAUUCUGAAACUUCCAAAAAAAGCUGAGAUUUUAAGAAUUUUUAGCGUUUCGUUUGAAAAAAAGAUUUUUGAUAAAUGAAUUUAAGAUGAAUAAUAAAUUAUUCAAUAACUCAGGCUAAAGUUUAAAGUUGAGGAAAAUAUGGAAAUUCCGGCACUAGUCAAAUUUCACUUUUAGGACACUUAAAAUUUUUUUCGAUAAAAAGUUGAAUUUUCGAGUAUUUUCCGUUUUUAUAUUGAAGGUUUUCCACUUUUUUUCACCUUUUUUAGCUGCUCAAACUCAUUUUUCGGUCAUCAAAAAGUUUUAAAAAAUUUCGGGAGUAUUUCAAACUGCGCGUGGGUGCAUGCACAAGAAACAUCAUAUCUGACGAGCAGAAGUAGAUCUGGAAACCCCGUGACUCGUCUUGAUAUUUUCAAGAUUUUGAAAAAAGAAUAAUAGAUUUUCUCAAUAGGAUAAUUAUACAUUCUUUUUUUCUUGAAUUUCCAAGACGAACUAUCGACAAAUUCCAGACGAAAUCCACACGUUGCGGGAAAAACUUCCAUCAAAUAAUCCAAGACGAACGCAACCUCCGGGCUCGGUUAGAGCUCCAAACUCGGAAAUGCGGUACGAAAAAACAAUUCGAAUUAUAUCAAAAAUAUUUUUUCAGAAGUCUUUUGCCGAAAAAACAAGCGACUACGAAGAGAAUUGAUUUUUGA